AUGUCUUUGAAUGAUGGUGCGUUUUGUGAUCGCUCAGCUCGAUGGCAAGCCAUUGAAUGUAUAUUGGGUCGUAGUGGGCCUCUUCAGCGUAGUGGAUUCGAACCGUCUUCUGAGAUGGUUAACAUGAUUUCAGAACAUGUUCGGGCCCUUGUUGUUGGCGCUGGGGGUCUUGGAUGCGAAGUAUUAAAGUGUCUUGCGCUAAUGGGAUUCUGCCAAAUAGAUGUAAUCGAUAUGGACACAAUUGAUCUUUCGAAUUUAAACAGACAAUUCCUGUUCACUGAGAAGGACAUUGGCCGCCCUAAAGCAGAAGUUGCUGCUGAAUUUAUCAUGCGCCGAGUUGGCACUUGCAAAGUCACUCCACACUUCAAAAAAAUUCAGGAUUUUGACCCUAGCUUUUAUAAGCAAUUCGACAUCGUGAUAUGUGGUCUUGAUUCUGUUAUAGCACGUCGGUGGAUCAAUAGUAUGCUUGCAAGUUUAGUUGAAUUUAACGAGGAUGGAACUCCUAAUCCUUAUACCGUGAUACCUUUAGUCGAUGGUGGUACAGAAGGUUUUAAGGGACACGUCAUUGUUGUACUUUUUGGCAUUACUGGAUGUAUUGAGUGUAGUCUGGACCUUUAUCCACCCCAAGUUAAUUAUCCGCUUUGUACAAUUGCUCAUACACCAAGAUUGCCAGAACACUGCGUUGAGUUUGUUCGUUUACUUCUUUGGCCCCAAGAACAACCUUUUGGUCCCGGUGUAGAUAUUGAUGGUGAUUCUCCUGAACAUCUCGAGUGGAUUUUUAAUAGAUGCGUAGAACGUGCUAACGAAUAUGGCAUACGAGGGAUAACUAUGCGAUUGGUAAAAGGUGUGAUUAAGAGAAUUAUACCAGCAGUUGCUUCGACUAACGCUGUCGUUGCUUCGUCUUUAGUAACUGAAGCCUUCAAGCUUGUGACUCUCUGCUACGAUUACUUAGAGAAUUACAUGAACUUCUCUGACAUUGAUGGAAUCUACACUUAUAUAUUUCCUAUCGAACGCAAGGCGGAUUGUCUUGUUUGCAAUAAUGUUCCGAAAAAUCUCAGCUUUCCAUCGACAGCAACACUAAGAGAACUUGUGGAUCAUCUAAAAAAUGACCCUGUUUUGCAGAUGCAGUCGCCCAGUAUUACUACGGUUGUAGACGGGUCGAAUCGUUCUCUUUUUCUCGACUUGGAUGAGGCUAUGAUGGGUCUCCGAGCUAACUUGUCGAAAACACUUGCCGAACUCUGUCUGGUUGAUGGUCAAAUGUUGACCGUGAGCGACAUAACAACCUCGAGGCCUCUUUCGUUUCGUCUUCGUUUAAGUGAUAAAAAUAACUGA